GGAAGGUGAUUUAGAAAGGGAUAUCUUGACACUGUGUCUGUUAGACUGUAUCACAGUACAGUCAAGGGCAUUCAGGGACAAGUUAUAGGUAAAAAAGUUUCAGUGAAUACAUUUAGUGUGUGAUGACUUCAAGUUUUAAUGGUUCUAUAAAAAAUCAGAGUGGUGCUUGAGUCAUGACUAGCACAGUCUGCCAUAUACCCGAACGGGGCUCAGCCGUAACAGCUGAUCUGGAGUGGUUCUGAGUCGAUACUCAUCGCCGUUUUUCAACAAUAGAUGAUUUGCAAUAUCAGCCAUCUUUGAGAUUGAGGGUUCCUGAUUGGAGUGGUAGUCUGCUAUAACCUGUCAUGACCUCUGCUGAUACAGCCUUACUGCCAACUAUGGAGAAAGCUUGGCCAGAUGUAGGGAAAUCCUUCCCAGUUAACGUGGGUGAGGAAAACUCAGGUAAAUUCCUCAGCCAGCAGAGGAGGCCUAAAGAAGAGGGCGAGUGUGACAUAGAGUUACCCCCCGGGACGGUUCCUCUCACAAACCAAGUGGCUGGGCAUCGUAGAGGACCAGGAAGUAUGGUCAUGUUAAAAUGUGAAGGAGGUCAUGUGAUGAAGCAUGUGCAGCCGCCACCAAAAGGUUACAGAGAGGUGGAUUUUUAUCGUAAGAUGUUCCACGUGGACAUGAGAGAUCCUGUACUGCUGAGGUUACGACAACACAUCCCAGCCUUUUAUGGAACUGUCCCUGAAGGCUCCGUUAAAACAGUGAAAUUUUUCAAGAUGGCGGAUGUUACCCAGAAGUUUAUCAAUCCAUGUGUCAGUGAUAUCAAGAUGGGCAGGGUAACCUAUGACCCAUUUGCCACACAAGAGAAACGUCACUACGAGAUUGCCAAGUACCCACCUGGCUUAAACCUGGGCUUCCAGAUGCUAGGAAUGCGGGUCUACCGAGAAAUUGAAGGAAAGUAUGAUGUGUAUGACAGGAAAUAUGGGCGAAGUUUAGCUGAAAAUGAAGUGGUGGAGAAAGGGUUGGCCGUGUUUUUCUCUGGUCAGAAUGGAAUCAGGAGAGAUGCUGUAUGGUGUGUCCUGGCUAAACUUCAUCAGAUAGAGGCCUGGUUUGAGUCCCAGACCCAGCUGGCAUUCUAUGCCAGCUCACUCCUGCUGAUGUAUGAAGGCAACUCUCAAUUACGCCAGUGUAACUGCUCCAGUCCUAUGAGCACGGACACUGGUGUGUCAAAUCACGAGUCAUCCCAAAACUCCCUGACUGCCAUGGUAAAUGGAGAAUCAACAUGUGUCGCCGAUGUUAAAAUGAUUGACUUUGCCCAUGUGUUUGAAACAACAGAAAGGGACGAAAAUUAUCUCUUUGGACUUAGACGUUUAAUAGCCCAUAUAGAAAGGUUAUUGUGAAAUUUUACAGACACAGUUUCAGUAUUUCAUAGGGAGACAAACUGAGAUGUAUUUGAACAGAGUGACUUCCCCUUAAUUCAUCCAAUCCCAUCUUCAUGACUGACGUCUUUCAGUUUUUAUAAUAACUUUAUUCCUUUGCAUUUUUAAUUGAUUAUUUGACUUUACAUUAGUUAUUUAUUCUUAGCACUCAUUGAAAUUUAAAAAUUGUUAUCUAUUAAACCGACAAAACGGUAUUGAAUAUAUGCAUUAUAUUCACGUUUUUCAAAACCACUUGAUGUAUUGUAGAUGUAUUAUGUGUCAUUUUGUUUUACAGUGCAUGUAAUCACUUCACUCACACUGGAUAAUUUGUUCUGUUUGAAUCUGUUUCUUUCCUGAGGCAGCCGGUUAGUGUUUGCAUUUAGCAUAAUUGUAAACAAGUUAAGUUUAUUAGUUACCAUUCAUUAACUCACUGCUCUCUGAUUCAACGAUUUUCUUCACUAAUUCUGGACAGAACAGACCUGUAAUAUUACUCUAUGCUGUAUUACGGGUACUCCAGACUACAUUUUCCAGGUUCUAUGGGUGCUUUGUUCUGUAUCGUGGGUACUUUGUUCUGUAUCACUGGUACUCAGUAAUGUGUUACGGGUACUCUGUUCUGUGUUAUGGUUGCCUUGUACUGUUUUCCGUGCACUCGGUACUGUAGUACGGGUGCUCUGUACUGUAUUAUGGGUACUUUUUACUGUAUUACUGGUACUCUGUACUGUGUUAUGGGUAGUCAGUACUGUAUCACGGGUACUUGAAGUAUUACAAGCGAGGUAUUUUAAUGCAUGCUCCAGUAUUUAUAGAGAAGACCUUUUUAUGUAUACUGGUAAGUUAUAUUUGUGUUAUUAGUGCAAAUUAUAGCUCUGAAUAUAAAGGGACAGAAGUACAAAUUUCCUUAGCUGGCAUCUACCUGCCUUGAACCAUUUGAUACUCUUAUACCUUAUGUACAUGAAAUUAUGUACAUUAUUUUUACAAAUAAAGUCCUUACAUGUUUAAUUAUGUAUGCUGCAAAAGGUUGAAUUGCCUAUCUUAAUACACAUGUUGAAUUACCUAACUUAAUACACGUUGAAUGUACUAUCUUAAUACACAUGUUGAAUGGACUAUCUUAAUACACAUGCUGAAUUGCCUAUCUUAAUACACAUGUUGAAUUUCCUAUCUUUAUACACAUGUAGAAUUGCCUAUCACAAUACACAUGUUGAAUUGCCUCUCUUAACACACAUGUUGAAUUGCACAUCUUAAUACACAUGUUGAAUUGCCUAUCAUUAUACACAUGUAGAAUUACCUAGCUUAAUACACAUGUUAAAUUGCCUAUCCUAAUACACAUGUUGAAUUUACUAACUUAAUACACAUGUAGAAUUACCUAGCUUAAUACACAUGUUAAAUUGCCUAUCUUAAUACACAUGUUGAAUUGCCUAUCUUAAUACACAUGUUGAAUAGACUAUCUUAAUACACAUGUUGAAUUGCAUCUCUUAAUACACAUGUUGAAUUGCACAUCUUAAUAUACAUGUUGAAUUGCCUAUCAUUAUACACAUGUAGAAUUACCUGGCUUAAUACACAUGUUAAAUUGCCUACCCUAAUACACAUGUUGAAUUACCUAACUUAAUACACAUGUUGAAUUGCCUAUCUUAAUACACAUGUUGAAUUACCUAACUUAAUACACAUGUUGAAUGGACUAUAUUAACACACAUGUUGAAUUGCCAGUCUUAAUACACAUGUUCAAUAGACCAUCUUAAUACACGGUGGAUUGCCUAACGCAAUACACAUGUUGAAUUGACCAUCUCAAUACAUGUGAUGAAUUGACAUCUUUAUACACAUCAGGUAUGUCUUAAUAAAAGUGAUGAAUUGCCUGUUUUAAUACACACGAGGAAAUGACUUAAUACACAUCAGAACUAUCUUAAUACACAUGAGGAUUUGACUAUAUUAUUACAUACGAGGAAUUGACUAUGUUAAUGAGGUAUUGUUUAUUAUACACGUGUUCAAUUAUGUGUUAGGCCUACAUAUUUUGAAAGAAAGAAACUUCAUAUUUGCAGAAGUGAAUUAUACUGAAAAUAGGUAGUACAGGGUAGUUAAUACUGGCAAAUACCUAGUUAAUAUAGACCAGGUCUAACGUGACUCAUCAGAGCAUUGCAAUUGUGGUGAACGCCGCACGCGAGGUGCACGCCGCACGCGACCCUGCACUUGAGCAAAUGUUGAACGUGAACAAUGACAAUGCGACACCAUACACAACUGUUUCUGACUAGAAAUUUCCUGCAAAAUGCGGGUAUUGACCUCAUGGAGUGGUCAUCUAGAUCACCUGAUCUCAAUUCCAUCGAACGGGAUACUCUUGGAAGAAGUUUUCAUGACUUGAGACGUCAACCUGAGCUGGGCGCCAUGUUGGUAAAGAGAAAUAGAAAUAAUAGGCUUAACUUUUCUUAAAGAAAACAUUUUGGAUUCUGAAAUCAACUGAUAUCUGUGUGAACGUAAAGAUAGGGAUAAUGAAGGGGGAGUGGACAGUUGCAGACUUACGAACGGCGGUAUGAUCUUGAAAACAGUAACAUAGAAGCAGUAUGACCCCCAAACUCUCUUUAAAGGAGAAGAAAACUUAAAACAUGACACUAUAGGCAGAGAAGAGCACAUUUUAUACUAUCUGGUGGUGCCUGCUGCAUAAUUUUGUGAUUCUUCCUCCGCCAUACACGUAAAGCCUGAAAACGGAAAAGCUGGUAUAAAUCGCUGGGUCCAUCGCGUCCUCCAUCUUUAACACGCUGUAAUUUAUACUGGGGUGUGUUGCC